UCCGGCUCGCCGUGCUGUCUCCGCGUGUGGAUAACUGGUCUGGAGGCUGCCGCUGUCUGAAUUCCUGGGUUUGGCGGCAGACUGGCGGGAUGGCGGCGGAGGUGUUGCCGAGUGCGAGGUGGCUGUACUGUGGGGAGCCGGACGAGAGCCAGAGGGCUGUACUGGUCCAGUUCUCCAAUGGGAAGCUGCAGAAUCCAGGCAACAUGCGCUUUACCAUGUACAAGAGCAACGACUCCACAAACCCCAGGAAGAGGAGUCAGCGGAUCCUGGCAGCCGAAACAGACAGACUUUCGUAUGUGGGAAACAAUUUUGGGACUGGAGCCCUCAAAUGCAACACUCUGUGCAGGCACUUUGUGGGAAUUUUGAACAAGACCUCUGGCCAGAUAGAAGUCUAUGAUGCUGAGUUGUUCAACAUGCAGCCGUUGUUUUCAGAUGAAGCAGUCGAGAGUGAAUUGACACUAGAGAGUCAGACCAAAACUUUUAGAGAAAAGAUGGAUUCUUGCAUUGAAGCCUUUGGUACCACCAAACAGAAGCGGGCUCUGAACUCCAGGAGAAUGAACAGAGUGGGCAAUGAAUCUUUGAACCGUGCAGUAGCUAAAGCAGCAGAGAAUAUUAUUGAUACAAAGGGUGUGACUGCUCUGGUCAGUGAUGCCAUCCAUGAUGACUCGCAAGAUGACUCCCUCUACCUUCCUCACUGCCACGCUGAUGCCGCCAAGCCUGAAGACGUGUAUAAAUUUGAAGACCUUCUUUCUCCUGCCGAGUAUGAAGCUCUUCAGAGCCCCUCUGAAGCUUUCAGGAACGUCACGUCAGAGGACAUACUGAAGAUGAUUGAAGAGAACAGUCACUGCUCCUUUGUCAUAGAAGCUUUGAAGUCCUUGCCAUCAAAUGAGGAGAGCCGAGACCGCCAGGCCCGAUGCAUAUGGUUUCUGGACACCCUCAUCAAAUUUCGAGCACAGAAGGUGAUUAAGCGGAAAAGUGCCCUGGGCCCUGGAGUGCCACACGUCAUCAACACCAAGCUGCUGAAGCACUUCACCUGCUUGACCUACAACAACGGCAGUUUACGGAACUUAAUUUCGGAUUCUAUGAAGGCGAAGAUCACUGCGUAUGUGAUCCUACUUGCCUUACACAUAAAUGACUUCCAGAUUGACCUGACGAUGUUACAGAGGGACUUGAAGCUCAGUGAGAGAAGGAUGAUCGAGAUAGCGAAAGCCAUGAGGCUGAAGGUCUCCAAAAGAAGGGUGUCUGGGGCCGCCGGCGGGGAAGAGGAUCACAAACUGGGCACCCUGUCCAUCCCGCUGCCGCCAGCCCAGGCUCUGGACCGCCAAUCAAAACGGAGGAGAAUCACCUAGAGGCAUGCUUUCCAGACAGCAUUUUGGAUGCCACUGUUGCUAUUCAUUUCCAUUUUUAUUUUUAAAGAGGGAGGAAAAUAGCCUUGCUUUGGCACAAGUAUGAAGCCAGCAGCCAGCAUGUCAGUUGUGCUUGUCUUAAGCGGAAACAUAAAGUGAUGGCCAUA